AUGGCAUCCAAAACAAAUGAAGGUGCUGAUUCUUCAGUUGUUCUUACUCCAUUUUUUUAUGGAACUGAUUUUGAAUACUGGGAGAUAAGAAUGAGAACACAUUUGAAAGCUGAAGGUUUGUGGACUAUUGUUGCAAAUGGCUUUGAAGAGCCAGAAAAUGAUGGUGAACUUACAACAGCAGAGAUGAAAAAUCUUGAGGCUAAGUAUCGUCAAGAUGCAAAAGCCUUGAACAAAAUCCAAAUGGGAGUCUCAAGAGCAUAUUUUGCAAAAAAUGCUACUUGUGAGACUACAAAGGAAGCUUGGGAGUCUCUAGAAACAGAGGUGUACGGUGACGAAAAGGUACGCACUAUAAAUCUUCAAACUCUUAGAAGAGAGUUUCAAAACUUGAAGCUGAUAGAAUCUAGAAAAAUAGAUGAAUAUUGCACAAGAGUCAUGAAUAUUGUUAAUAAAAUGAGAAAUCAUGAUGAUACAAUUUCUGACCAACAAGUUGUGGAAAAGAUUCUAAUUAGCGUCACAGAGAAGUAUGAGUACAUUGUUGCUAUCACUGAGGAGACGAAAGAUCUUUCUAAGCUUUCUAUCAAAGAGCUAGUCGGAUCAUUUCGUGCACACGAGAAACAAAGGUUUUUUCGUGAAGAACAACCCAAAGAGACGGGUUUCCAGUCUAGAACAAAUGAAAGUUCUCAAAAUUUCUCAAAAAAACAACAAAAGAAGAAUUACAAUCCAAAAAAGAAGCAGGAUCAUGAUGAUUCUUCUAAGAAGGUUGAAGAAAAAGGUGAGAAAAGUACUAGUCUUUUUUGUAAAAUUGCAAAAGGACUAAUCACAAAGUAG